AAAUUGACCUAUUGAUUGAGUGUAUGUUGAAAGUAAUGAACGUUUUUGUAAAAACAAAAAGUGAUCAUGUCAUCAAGUUUGAGUUUCUUUGAAUGCCAUCUAAUCGAUUAGUGAUGCAUUGAAACCAUUGAUAUCGGCAAUAUGAUAAAAUGUGAUAGAUGUAUGUGGUGGUAUCAUGGCUGGUAUAUAACGGCAAAAAAAACGAAAUCUUAUACUUCUACAUUUUAAAAAGUCACCUGGAACGCUUGAAUAUUAUUUUUAAAUUCAAAAACCAUCUUUAUAGUUAAACAAUCAAUUAUCAACCUAAAUCAUACGAGAUGCGAAAAUUUUUGAGAUUAUCGCUUAAUGGAAAGGAAAAGACGCCCAAUGAAAACUAUAGAAAUCCCGAAACUCGUGGCGUUUACAACCGAAUUGGUGGCUUGAAAAAAUUACACAAAGAAAACAUCAAUUGUUAUGUGGAGCUCCCAAAGGAAAAAAAUGAUUUAGUAAGAAAAAAUAUGUAUUUGGGACUUGUCGCCGGAUUACAAGAAGUAGCAGAAUCGCUUAAUAAAUUGUUCUUAGAUACAAUUCUUCGGCAAAUACACGUUUGGAAUUGUGAUGAUUCACUUUACAAAGAUCCAUCUAUUCUUGAUGACUUUCAAACAUGGUUCAGUGAAUUGACUUCAAUCAUUUUAGCCAAUUGUGAAUUGAUAAAAAAGUUGGAACGCUAUACCAAAAAUAGCUUCAAGAACGAAUUGGAACGGAUGCAUAGCCUAUUUAAUCAGAUUUUCGCAAAAUGUUUCGUCAUAAAACACCAUCCAAGAGUUAUUAAAUAUAAAGAUUCAAACUUCAACUUGGUUUUGAAAGCGUUGAUGCCCGGAGUAAAGAUUGUAACUGGAACAUUGGAUCUAUUUUCAGGGGAACGAAGAUGUGGAUACAUCGAUAUUAAUAAGUUUACAACAGAAAAACAGGGCCACUUUCAUUUGACGUGUAAACUAAAGAAUUUACAGCGUACGCGUGAAAAUGAUACUGUAUUGGAUGAAAAGUAUACUCUUAAAUUGAGUUUAGAAUUUCAAAUGGAAGCCAAACCUAAACAACCUGUUCCUGUGUCUAAUUUGCCGAAUGCAACUUUGGAAUUGACAUCAUUGUCAAUUACGGCUAUUUCAAAUUCCAGCCAAGAGGCAUCCGCUCAGGCAACGAUCCUCUGGGAUGAAAUGCACCGUAAAUACGACGGUUCCGAAUUUUAUCAUAGGAAUAAGGUCUUUUGGUCAGAUUUCGAAGAUAUUAUAAACUCUUUAUUCAUGGAAACUGGACAUACUUUGAGCAGUGAAAACCAAAGAUACAUUUAUGAAAAAUGGUGCGGAACAUCUGCGGAAGGGAGUCGUCAAUACAAUCGUGAAAUAUCGAGGACUGAAUUAUUCCAAAGGAAGGAUCCAAAGGCAAAAUUUACACAUUGGGAAUGGUUGUUCGCUGCAUUGAAAUUAAUACGAGACUACCUUAGUGAGGAAUGGAGAAAGGGCAGAAUCGUUGGUUUCAUUAGCAAGGAUGAAACCAAAAAAAUACUUUACAAUUAUUCUCACACAAAGAAAGUAUUUUUGUUACGCUUUUCUGAUUCCACUCUGGGAGCGAUAUCACCCACUACAAAUGAUGGUUCUAAGAAUAUCGUCAAACUUGGUCCGAUUACAAAAGACGACUUCAAAAACUCAAAAAGCUCUGAAAAUCUAACCGUUGGCGAUAUAAUACGCGAAAUAAGUGAAUUGGGCCAAGUUUAUUGUUUUGAUGGCCAGAUCAUUGAAAAGAAAGAAGCAUUCACAUUCACGAGCGAUAAUACCGAAAAAUCAAAAAAUGGAUAUAAUGUACUAUUCAAAAGAUUCGUCACGUUGUUUGAUCAGAGUCCACCAGCAGAAGGUCACUGCGAUAUAAAUCCAUUCGCUGUUAAAUCAGUCAAUUCAAAUGUGUCGCUACAAACUGCAUCAACAAGCAACUUAUACAAUAACCAAGCACCAAGUUCCAACAUGGUAACGGAGACUGAGGCGUUUCCACAAAAUUCCAUUGGACUUCAAACUAUAAACAAUAUCAAUACGAAUGAUGUAACAAUUGCGAAGGAAUAUGAUACCAUUGCAUCGGGCAGAGAUGUGCUACCAACUUCAGACAUAGAAACAUCCAAUGAAUUUAAUUCAAUUGAUACAAAUAUGUUGAAUGUCAUUAUAGAUUCAAUGGAACUUGACGCUAAUAUGCUACCCAUGACAGACAACAACAAUAUGAACGAGUCAUUGAACCCGAGUAAACAGUUGGAAAAUAAUACAAUUGACCCCAAUGGAUGGAACCAUAACUGUUUACCAACUUCGGAUGGAUUUUUGCAUAACCAAUAUAACGAUGGUUAUAACGGAAACAUAGCAAUUUCAUAUACCCAAUCAACAACCAUCUCAGCUGAUCCCGAUCCAUUUCCAAAUACAAACGGUAUCUUCUUACCAAAUUCCAUGGAAGCGAUGACAAACACAACUUCAUUUUUCACCAAUGAACUUUCAAAUGUAAACAAUAAUAUCGGUAAGUCAAUGAAUCCAUGUACGCCACCGAACCCAACCCAAUCAGUCGCCACCGAACCCAAUCAGAACAAUUCGGAGAUGGAGACAGUCACACAAAGUCAAGCGUAUUGGCCUGAUAUUCAAUGAGGAAAUGGUUUUUCGUUACAGCAUAGUAUAUAAUAGUUUCAUGGGAAUUGUUAUUGUAAAUAUAUUUUUACUCUCUCUAUUUUUACACGGCGUGUUACACUUCAAUAAAUUUUGUUUUG